AUGGUGAAGGAGGGAAGAGGCCAAUUCCCCAUUAGGAAACCAGACAGACCGUCUCCAGUGGCAAACGUUGGCAAAAUAGGUUCGCUCAUGAGAUAUCCGGAUCGAGAUUACGCAAACUCAUUACUACAUGACGCGGUUAAGCAACUAGCACCUUUAAUUCACGAAUACAAUUUCAAAGUAGGACUAGUAUGUGAAAUGUUUCCCAAAAGUGAAAACCUACUAGGGCUCAACGUCAAUAAGGGCCAGAAAAUUAUGCUACGACUACGGUAUCACCACAACGAAAGACUGUUUUUACCAAUGAGUGACAUUUUGGGAACUUUCUUGCAUGAGCUAACGCAUAAUGUGCAUGGGAAACAUGACAAGAACUUUUACGACUACUUAGCCAAGUUGGAGAAACGAUUUGACGAGAUUAGGUACGGCAAGGUACGUUCCAACUAUUGGUGUGAAGAGAAUAGACUCGGCUUGGGAAGACUAUCAUCAGGUGUGGUCGAUGUAAGGGCCAAACGAUUGACAGCAAUGACCAAGAAUGGGUUUAAAACGGAGACAAAAGUUCUUGGACUGGAUUCAAGAAUUACUAAACCAAAUAACCCUCGCGAGGCAAUGUUGGGGGCAGCACUUCGACGAUUGGAGGAUUCUAAACGAUGCCAUUCAGAUCGGGAGCAACAAAGCGAAGUUCCAGAUGAAAAGGAGUUGGAAAUUGUGGAACUUGAUGAUGAUGAUGAUGAUGCUGAACAAAGUAGUGACUCCGAUGUGGAAAUCGUUGAGGUUGUAAAAGCUGAAGAAGGUGAUGCAAGGGGAAGUGAUGAUCCAAAUCAGACUAUUGUGAUUGAAUAG